AACACGACGAGGGUUGAACUUUGCGGAGGUUUUUCCUGUUUCAUUUGCUUGAGAUUGUGCUUAACGAGGACGGGUAGCAAAGCCUUUGUCUCCGAGGUAGGAUAUAUGAAGAUCGCGAAACAGUUGGUUUUCCCUCGCAGAAAUGCCAGUACGUGCUGUGACCACCAGGUUCAUGUACAAGGGACUUUGCACUAUUCCAGAUGUCCUCACCUACCGGACCCCUGUUAUCCUGCCUGAAGAUGAGGUUGAAGAGAUUCGUGAGGCUUUCAAAGUAUUUGACCGAGAUGGGAAUGGCUUCAUCUCCAAGCAGGAGUUGGGCAUGGCCAUGCGCUCACUGGGCUACAUGCCCAAUGAGGUGGAGCUGGAGGUUAUCAUCCAAAGACUUGAUAUAGAUGGUGACGGUCAAGUUGGCUUUGAUGAAUUUGUCACAUUGCUUGGUCCUAAACUCUCUGCUGCUGGCAUGCCUGAUAAGUUCCACGGAGCAGACUUUGAUUCAGUGUUUUGGAAGUGUGACAUGCAGAAACUGACUGUGGAUGAGCUUAAGAGACUGCUUUACGAUACUUUCCGUGACCACCUCACUAUGAAAGACAUUGAGAACAUCAUCAUGACUGAGGAGAGCCACCUGAACAGUCCAGAGUCCCAUGUGGACAUAGACACAAGCCCAACACAACAGGAAAAACACACAUGUGUGCGUAAAAGCCUGAUUUGUGCCUUUGCCAUUGCAUUUAUCAUAAGCGUUAUGCUCAUUGCAGCAAAUCAAAUGCUCCGCAGAGGAAUGAAGUAAAUACUACACCAGCUGGUUACGAAGAGAUUUAAGGACGGACAAUGAAAAAUCCAACAUUAACCAAAAUACUUGACUGUUUUUGGUUUUGUUCAACAUUUUCAACACCCACGAUAAUCACAGCUUCUCUGUAUAAUGGACUAAAUGAUGUCACGCAGUGGUUUUGUGUGACCACGAAUCAUAGCAUACCAUGGUAAAAAAAAAAAGAAGAAAGAAAGACAUUUCAAGGGCUGAUUAGUAUCCUAAAAGAAUAUGUCAUCGAUUCAAGUUUCUGAUGUUUUCUAAGACAUUAGAUAGGAAAGAAGACUGUAGAAGUGUGUGC